UGCCGGGGCAACAAGAAUUAUUUGAAAUCACGUGCAGCGUUGACCAAACCUGUUCAAGUUGCGGUUAUGCCCUUGGAUCUCCGUCAUCCCGCGACACAUACCGACUUUCUCAGACCUCUUUGCCACAUGUCUGCAGUAACACGAUCCGAUAUCCUCUCCACCUACCGUGGAAUUCUUCGGGAGGUCUCAAAGCAGUACACUCUGCGCAAUAAGAACCGAGUAUGGCAUAACGAAGUCGUGGCACGAUUUCGAGCUGGCGCCGCCUUGUCGGACCCAGUUACAAUAGAAGAAUCGGUGAAGGAUGCUAGGAAUAUUCUCACUUUCAUGCGAAGCAAUCGGGAACAUAGGGACCUCGUUGAAAGGUAUUGGCCUGCUGCCGGCCUCAGCAAUGAGGAGAAGUUGACGCGGACCGCCAACACUGUUGGCCUGUCGCUACCAAAGAUGUUCGGGGCCGAGGAGAUAGAAGAAGGUCCAGUGGCUGCAGGAUUGGAGGAAGCCUUUAAGAUCGUCCAAAACGCUCGUUCGUGAGCGCUACCUCCAUGGGAUCGUGGUAUCUUCUCGCAUUGUUAUGUCGCAUUUUGUAUUUAUUGAAUAGAUUUUCGGCUUUUUUUUGUUUACUGUU